AGUUACUGUUCUUAUAACAACAAACACUGCAAUCAUGUCCGACCAAGGUUCCUUGCGAUCGUGUGUGUCAGACGAUUGCCGCGUUCAGACCUAACUACUCGUAAUGUUUACGCUGCUAAAAUAUUACUGAAUGUGACCCCGUCUUACUCACUUGUUCAGUCUAAAUCCGAGUUUAAAGCUUAAUUAGCUGUCACUCCAAAAUGCACUCACUGUUUGAGGAGGUGCUUAGCAAAAGGGACUUGUCUAAGGCAGGCAUGCUUUUUUCUCUGGAUGACAAAGAAAUUGAAGAUGACCUUUCCAAUGUCCUCAAAGGAAUUCAUGUUAUUGCUGACACUGAUGACUAUGAGAGCAAUGACAAUGACCAGAGUGUAGUGGAGAUUUGCAUCACAAGGGUUACAACAGCAAUAAGGGAGACAAGCAGCAUUGAAAAGCAUGCAAGAGCUCUUGUGGACCUUCUGGUUAUGUGUCGCAAACAUCGGCUGAUGCAAACUGCUAAAGAUGAGGAUUCGCCUCAUGCCAAAAUUGUUUCAGAUCUCAUGAGCUGUCUGUUCAUGUACUAUAGCAAAAGCAACGUGAUGCAGCAGGCUAUUCCUGCUGUGGUUCAACUUCUGGACUGCAAUAACUAUGAUCUCUGCCAGAGUGCUUCCAGUUAUCUUUCCCUGGCAGCUAUCGACAAUGCUAAUCUUCUAGCUUCCCACAUUAAUAUCAUUGUAACCAGUGUCAUCAAAGGUAAUCACCUACUUGCACAGGUGCUGCCUCAGAUCUACCUGCAGAACCCAGAACCUAUCCAUGAGCAUCUAGCAGAGCUGAUGGCUGUGAUGGAGGAAUUUGAGGGGACUGAGCGGGUUUACCUAAUACAACUGUUUGGUGCUGUCGCCAAAAAGGAAAGCAGGUUGCUGGAGGAACACAUAGAAAAAUUGAGUACAUACCUGUCAAGUGCUAUGCUUGCUCCCCUGAUCCUGACAGCCUUCGUUGACCUGGCUUUGACCUCUCCUAUAGCCAUGGUUCCAUACAGAAACUCUGUCACUGCAGUUGUCGAGCAAAACCCAGCACUGAUAUGCCAGACAGCACAAAUUCUUGGAGCUUUAGCAACGGUAGAUGAGGAGGAAGGAAGAAAGUCCAUCAAGUAUCUUGUGUUGAAGCUGAAUUCUGCUGAACAAACAAUGCUGCCUGUGAUACUGCAGGAAAUUCGUGGAGUAGGACUUGUCCAUCACCACCUCCUGCCUCCCAUCAUGCAUGAAGUAGAAAAACUAGCCAAUAGUGGCUCAAGUUGUGUCAGACUCCUUAUACAACAAAUCAGGGAGGACAAUAAAAAAUAUCUUGGGGAAAAGGAAAAGAAAUCUGUGUCCAGCCAGACGGAGGGAACAGUUACCAUUAUUACAGUUGGAAAUCCUCCUAAUUCCUUGCAUCCCAGUGGAACAGUGUCCAUCAAACAUACCAUGCUGUCAUCUUCUGGUGCAGAGAGUGAACACAGUCUUGGAAAAGCUUCUAGUGGGUCCACAGUCCGCCUAGCAAAUGAUUCAACCAACAGCCCCACAUUCACAAUGUCUGAGCCAUCUUUCUGUGGAACUUCUCAGCUCUCCUGCUCUGGAAGUGGGGAGUCAGUGCGGGAUGGUGUUCAGAUGUUUUGUGAGAAACACCUGAGCAAGAUCAAGAGCUUCAUCAGAAAACUCAACGCUAGCAUCCCUCUGCCUGUUAAGUGCAGUGUUGUCAAUGGCAAGAACAAACGCUAUAUGCACUUGUAUUUUAUGUGUGGGCAUCAAGGCCACCAGUGUCUCUACAAGACUGGCCACUUCAUGUUAACCACUCACCUUGCCAAACUCUGGGUUCAUCUUAUGUUUCUCUCUGUACAGGCCAAUGCCCCAGCAGCCCUGAGUCAACGUGAUGCAGAUGUCAGUAGCCUCAAAGCAUGCUGGGAUGCCUUGAAAGGGGAGAGAAAUAGCAGCUUUCUCACUGUUGUUACAUCUUCAUUCCCAACGCAAAAAGAUCAGCUGGCACUGCUACAUGAACUGCAUGAAGAGCGCUACUUUGAUGUCUUCGAACUCAAUGCAGCAGACAUGCUGUGGGCAUGUUUCUUGUGCAACCAUCCAGAGAAGGUUUCAGACUUGCUACACAAUGGAUCACCUCAGAUCACGGGACAGUUAAAGGAAAAGAAAGGCAAGUGGAAAGUCUUCAAGCGCUGGAAGACACGUAACUUCACACUCUCUGGUGGCACAUUUACAUACAGCAAGAGCGAUUCACGCAAGGAAACUCUACCAGUCAGCAAAAUUCAGAGUGUCAAGGCACUGAGAAAAGGGAUAAGAGACAUUCCACGUGCUUUUGAAAUUUUCACGGAUGACCAGCGUUAUGUGUUCAAAGCAAAAGGACAGCAGAAUGUGGAGCAGUGGGUUCAAUGUUUACAUAUUGCUGUAGUGAGGUCACAUCAUAAUCCUGAUGACUCUCUCUGGAAUGUGCCACAGCGAUCACCUUUGACACCAAGUUCUGACACCAGAUUGUCCUUACGGGCCUUGCCCUUCGACACCAAGUUAUGAAUUCAAACACUGAAAAUUUGAAUACAGGAAGUAGCAGUGACAUUACACCUCUACCAUUUUUUUUUUUGGUAAAAUUCAUUUCCGACCAUUUCUGCUAUUUUUCAAGAUGUAAAAAGCACAAGGGUACUUUUUAUGGUAUUUUUUAUCAGUCUCUGUCAGCACUGAAACUUUCAUUUUAUUUUAUUUUGCAUAUUAUCUUCCUCAUAAACCUCCAGUGCUCCCAGACAAAAACAGACCUGAUCCCAAAAAUAAAAACCAUCUUUUCUUUGUGGUCCUAUUGUCAGUGCGAUCUUAUUAUUUGCUGCUGGCUCUGUUUUGUAGUCACGCAUUGGAAAACUUCACUGCAUUGCUGGAGGCAAAUGCUCCAUAACUGUGUGGAGAACCCAAGGACAACACUUUUUCUGACAUAAAUGUCAGACACUCAAGGAAUGUUGAGAGUGUUCCAAGAAGGAGUGCAUACAAAGUAUCUCAUUAUCCAAAAUGAUGAUGCAUGAUAACUUAUUUUUCCAUGAGUGAUAGGGCUCUUUGGUGUUGUGAUAAAACAGCAUUGGUUCAUUGAUUGGUGGUUUAUUUUAUGGUCAUAUUGACUUGCACAUAAAGUUAAUAGGAAGUCGGCUGAAAAAUAACUUAUUUGUCAAAAUCCCUGCUCCAAUUUUACAGUGCCUGGGCAGCCUUUUCAGUUCACUUUGAAGGAGAUGCUUCACUCUUUGUUUACCGUUUGCACCUGCAAAUGUGAAAGUCUUCCUAGCUACAGCUCAGCUGUGUUGAUACAUCUGAAUGAGAGCUAACCCAAUGCUAACAACUAACAUCACAUCAUGACAACCAUUCAGAAUGACAUUUUUGGCAGAUUUUAAACAAUUCUGUAGCUGAACUAUUGUCUGUAUUUGCUUCUUGUGUGCUACACUGGGCAUUAGAUUUUAAGCACUUGUUUAUAUAUAAGAAGGGAUAUCUCAUGUAGCUUUGGUUGUCAGUAAUUUAAAGAUAUUUAUAGAUCAUCCAUAUGAUAAAAAGAACAUGUAAAUGCUUUUGCAGAAAUUACAAAUCACUAUGAAUUUCAUUUCAAAUUGACUGUGAUCAUAUUAACAUUCCUUAAUGAGCCUGGAAGGGGAUGCUUUGAUCUGAAGACUGGAUGGUAACAAAAAAAAAAAAAAGAUCCAGAAUCAAGUUUGCAGCAUUUACAUAGGUUGACAAGAGCAGAUUGAAUGCAAAUAAUGUAAAGUGUUACAUAAGAACCUCACAUUCCAUCUGGUUCGUCCAUAUCAACAUAUCAGAGAGAGAGAGAUAAAUAGGUAGAUUUAUUAAUAUCAUGCCUUUUCAUUAUGAUUUCUUUUGAUACAGUGAUAUUCUAUACUAAUGUGCAGUGAGGUUUUAUGUAAUGUAAAUAUAUGUGCAAGAUUUGAAAACAUAUAAACUCAUAUUUUUCUGCAUUUAUUGAGAUUAUUUUUUUUUACUGGCUUGAAAUGUGUGAUGUUUGUCAGAUUGUUAAAGCAUGUGCCAUAAUGUUCUCGUUACAACAAGCAUCUACCAUAAGUCAUUCCAGAGAAAUUGGAAAACUGUUCUCAGUCAGCUUUUUUCUUCUACUAGAGUUAUAUUUUCUUGGUCUGAUCAUCAAAAGUGUCAGGAACUUGUUCAUAGUAUGAUUGUCCAUCCACGGCUGUUUUUCUCUCUCUGUUGUUUGUGUGCAUGGGUGUGUUAGUAGGAGAUGGGGGGUGGUUGUAUUUCUUGUUUAGUUCUUUUGUGAUUUUUGUUUGUGGCAACUAAAUUCAACAAAUGAAUGGUUAUUUUUGUUUCUUUCGAUAAUUUAUAUUUUCAUUUUUCAUAAAUCAUUCCUUACUCUAUUUUUUUUUCUCAGAUUUCCAAGUGAGGCAAUGAAUAAGUAAGUUGUGAGCAUUAUAUGGACACCAUAUCAUUUUCUGUACGUUUUAUUAUCCAAAUGCCAUUAUUAUUAAUAGCAUGAAUUGAUUAAUUAUGUAUCAGAUUGACAUUUCUCUGCAGGCAUUUCUCUGAAAGUGAAGGUUGUGUGUGCUGUUUAAAUUUUUUUUUAUUUGUUCAUUCCUUAUACUUAAAAGGGUGCCGUCUAGGACAGUUUCUGUAGCACACAUAUGCAUUUUGCUUUAUAUAGGUUAUUAUAUAGCAUAAUGUUUGGUACAGCUUGGUCACUGGAGGAAGAUUUUAAGGUUUUAACCAGUGUAUGGCUCAUAGGUUGUGAAAUGUUUGUUUGUAAACACAAAUGAAGUAAAUUUUUAAACUAAGUGCUCAUUGAAAAA